UUCAUUUAUCUCUAUGUAUAUUUUAUUUUAUUUUUAGAUUUUGUGUUGUCGACAUUAUUAGGAAAUCAGAGCACUCGUCUGACACAAUCAUCACAAUUGCCAUCAGCAGCACUAACAGUCAAAGCAAACACACUCAAGCAUAACGCCGGAUAUGAUAGAAAAAUGGUGUCAACAUCAUUUUAUAUUUGUUUUCUUGGUGUAUUAUCAAAAUAUCGUAAACUUAAACUUGGUACAUAUUUAUUAAAUGCUGCUAUCAGAGAAGUAGCCAAUGGUGAAAGUCAACACCAUGAUGUCAAAGAUGUGGCAUUAAACGUGAAUGUUGAGAACCAAAGAGCACUUGGACUACAUCAUAAAUGUCACAUGAGAUGUAUAAAUUAUAAAAAAGAUUAUUAUAAAAAUAGUACAUACCAACAUGUUGAUGGGUAUUAUUUAAAUCUAAAUGUUAAACAAGUGAUAAACAUUAAAAAAGUUUGUUUUGAUGAACAAGCUGUUCGAAUACCAACGAAAAUUCAACAGAACGACGAGCAGUGCCUCAAACAAUAUAAAAGCUCGCUUAAAUCGAUGUAUUUUCCAGCCGUAAAAGAAGCGGUUUAA